AUGCCCAUCAGGUCUGCUCUGCGGAAUGGCACGUCCACGAAACCUUCCACGAGCAAACAAGGUAGCAAUGGCGCUGCAUCACCACAGACUGCAUCCGACAAGCCGAGGGUUCAAUUCUGUGUAGUAUGCGCGAGCAACAAUAAUCGCUCGAUGGAGGCGCACAAGGUCCUGCACGCAGCAGGCAUGCAAGUGAUCUCAGCGGGCACAGGUUCAGCAGUGCGUCUGCCAGGGACAGCCAUCGACAAGCCAAAUAUCUACACUUUUGGAACUCCGUACGAUCAAAUGUAUCGAGAUUUAGAAUCUCAAGACAAGAGGCUCUACACGGCUAAUGGGCUGUUGACUAUGCUCGAUAGGAACAGAAAAGUCAAGCAGGCACCCGAGAGGUGGAAUAUGACGCGCCCGGAGCUGGACGUCGUCAUCACGUGCGAGGAGAGGUGCUUCGAUUCUGUUUGUGAAGAUCUACUUAAUCGAGGCGGAGAGCUGAAUCGCAGCGUUCACGUCAUCAACGUCGAGAUCAGAGAUAACCACGAGGAGGCCUUGAUAGCUGGGCGAGCAAUCUUGGAACUAGCACGCGCAAUUGAAGCUGCGAGGGACAUCGACGACGAGAUGCCGUCCAUUCUUGAGACACAAAUGCAAAAGCAUCCUCACACUCUGCUUCACACUGUGUCAUACUACUGA